AUGGUACCAGUUGCGCCAAGAUCGCCUGCCGGCGAGGAGCCAAAGAGGACGUGGCCGGAGGUGGUCGGGCUGCCCAUCAAGGAGGCAAGAGAGAUCAUCCUCAAGGACAAGCCCGACGCCGACAUCGUCGUCCUCCCCGUAGGCACGCCGACAACCAGGGACCUGAGGCCUGACCGCGUCCGCAUCUUCGUUGACACCGUCGCCAGCACCCCCCAUGUUGGCUAG